CUCUCUCCUCUCUCUCUCUCUCUCUCUCUCUCUCUCUCUCUCUCUCUCUCCAAAACUUGGAUAUUUGAGGUCCCACAAUUGGUUUUAGAAUUUUCCCAUUUCUUUAUCUUGAGGUCCGUUCUCACAACUUUCUCUUUCGAUUUCGAUCCAUCCACACCUUUCACUUCAAAUUCUGAUUUGUGUUUCUAUCUUUUUCCAAUUUCCAACUGGGUUUUCUUUUAUUUGCUUCAUUUCCUUCGAUUUCCCAUCUGGGUCUCCACACUUCAAUUCUCCCGUUUCUUUGACCUUUCUUUCUACUAGUCUCCCCUCCCGUCUUCUUCUCCAACUCUCUCUCUCUCUCUCUCUCUCUCUCUCUAUAUAUAUAUAUAUAUUCCAAUUGGGUGUUCUCUUUCUUCUUUCAAUGAAUCCAAGUUACCACUUUUACAACUCCACAUAUCCCAUUUGAUUUGAGCUCUUGAGGCCGCUGAUUUUGUUUAGACCUUGCAACAGAAGGAAUAAAGAAAUGAAGUGUUUCUUUUAUUUCAAGGAAAAAUGCAAGAGCAAAAGAGAAGGAUCACAAUCCGCUCCAGAAUUGAGAAACAGAAGCAAUCCGGUUUUGGAUCGCACAACGAAAUCUUCGAGUUCAGUGCCAUCUCCGAAGAGCAUACCAGAAUUGUACAGAGAAAAGGAGCAGAAUUUGAGAGUUUUCUCCCUCCAAGAGCUGCGGGAAGCAACAAAUAGUUUCAACAGGUUGCUUAAGCUCGGGGAAGGAGGUUUUGGGAGUGUUUAUAAAGGAACAAUCAGGCCUGCCGAUGGAGAAAGGGGUAGUCCGAUUUUGGUUGCCAUCAAGAAGUUAAACCCUCAGAGUUUACAGGGUCAUAAAGAAUGGCUUGCGGAAGUUCAAUUUCUUGGCGUCGUAGAGCACCCAAAUCUGGUAAAACUUUUAGGUUACUGUUCUGUAGAUGGAGAAAGAAGGAUACAACGGUUGUUGGUGUAUGAAUUUGUGCCUAAUAGAAGCUUAGAAGACCUUUUCAACAGGGCUUUGCCCACAUUGCCUUGGAUAACAAGAUUACAGAUUAUGCUUGGUGCUGCUCAAGGAUUGGCUUAUCUGCACAUGGGACUCGAAGUCCAGGUAAUAUUUCGAGAUUUCAAAUCCUCAAAUGUGCUAUUGGAUGAAGAAUUUAGGCCAAAGCUCUCAGACUUCGGGCUUGCUAGAGAAGGACCAACGGAUGACCGUAGUCAUGUAUCAACCUCGGUGGUGGGGACUUACGGAUACGCAGCCCCAGAAUAUAUUGAAACGGGCCAUCUCUCAACUAGUAGUGACUUGUGGAGUUUUGGUGUGGUGCUGUACGAGAUCCUAACAGGCAGGCGUGUCUUAGACAAGAACCGCCCUACAGCAGAACAGAAGCUUCUUUACUGGGUUAGACAGUUCCCUGCUGACAGUAAAAGGUUCAGCAUGAUAAUAGAUCCCCUACUGAGAGACCAGUACUCUCUUACUGCAGCUCGGAAUGUUGCCAAGUUGGCCGAUAGCUGUCUGAACAAGAACGCAAAGGAACGGCCAACAAUGAGUCAGGUGGUAGAGGUGUUGGAGCAAGCUCUACAAGAUUCACAAGGGAGCACCAGUUCUUCAAAGACAAGUUCUGAGGCAUCUACGUCCAAAUCGGCGAAGCGGAGACCCAAGUAGGAUUGAUAUAAAGAGAGUGCACUAUAUAUAAAUACUAGUGGUGUGUUGUGACUAAGUUCUCUAUAAAUAUUCUCAACAGAUUCAAAUGGUUGCAUAUUAUAACAUUCUUUUUCAGGGACUUCCAGGUACAAGUCUCAAAUUCAUCAUCCUUAGGUAUCGAAUCCGGAAACUAUGUAAAUCUCUUAGGUCCUGAUGCACGUUAUUGCUAUAAGAGAACAAACGUUAUUUUUUUUUCCUAUUGUAAUAAUUUGGAUGGAGGAAGGCAAUUAAACAAGGACAGACACAGUAGAUUGGUCUGUAAUUGCGUUCAAUCUCCAUUCCGAUACCUAGCCCUUUUUCUUU